AUGCAUGAAUUAGAAUGGCUUCAGUGUUGUGGUGCUCUGAACACUGAACAACUGCUGGUUAUCGACGAUCCAUUUGAAAAUUUGGGUAGUGGUGGUUCGUCGUUAAACGCGCUACUCAGCGGAGGACGAGAUUAUCCCUUUAACAGAUGCGGCUCAGCUUUUUUAUGGCUUGGUACAGAUUUGGUGACAACAACAGGCUAUCGUGUACCUUACACAGUAUUCCUUCAUCAAAUAGCUGAACUGAACCGUUUGGUAUCAAACUUUGGUAAUGGAGUAUGGAUUACUGGGGGAGAUGCAUUUUGGUCGUUUGGGAAAUUGCAAAUUCCGGAGACGUACAAGGAUAAGACGGGAGCAUUAUUUGCAUUUACGUUUAAAGCAAAUCCACGAUUAUCAAAAAAUUCUGGUGUCUAUUGUAUAAAUGAGGAUAUGAAAAUUACUGGGAUAGAUUACUGUACUGAUAGAUAUACUGAUACUAAUGAUGUACCGUUGGUGAUGACACUGUUGUUUAUGCCGGUUCGAACUGCCGAAACAUUUCUUUCACUGUAUACCAAAUAUCCGUUAUCUUCAUCAACUUACUAUGGAGUCGAUAAUGGUAGCCCCGGAUUAAAGUUGUCAAUAUUUUUUGACUUCGUUCUUGCUGCUGCCGAAGGCAUGAAAAAAGAUAGUUUUGUCUAUGAAGAAGGAAAAAAUUUAGAAGCCGAACCAAAUUCAAGAUUUAUUCAGGCUAAAGAAGUUCUUUACGAUACAUUUUCACAUAUAACAGCUUAUGCAGUUUUUCUCGACGUGCUAAAAUAUCAUUAUUUCCAACCGCCGACUAUUAAAAAUGUUAUUGAAUUUUGGCAAUUAUGGAAUGGAAGGGAACCAAAAAAUAUGGAUGAAAUUGAAAAUCAGCUACACUUGCCAGGAUUAACGACUUCAGUUGGUUCAGAGGUUCCGUUGGAGAGCUGCUUUCGUUUCAACAGAAUGAAACUGUUUCAACGGUGGUAUACAGUCAUUGGCGACGUUAUUAGGCGUGGCGAGCACUGCUCUGUCCAACCUUACCUUAAAUCAAUUUGUAUUUCUCAGGACUCGUCGUCGGCAUUCGCUCUUAUUCAAUACCUACACACUUUGUGCUUGGAAAAAAACGGAAUUUUGUUUGCUGACCGAGCCUUAUUUUGUAUUGCGGAGGUUCUUGCUUUAUUAGCUCGACAGCGUGGUGGAUUACGUAGCGGUCCAGCUGGAAAUAUUGCAUUCGCAAACUGUAUUCAACAUAUCCAUGAUGUAAUUUCUUUAAAUGUUGUUGCAUUGGUAUUUUCAAGUCCUCGACACUAUGAAGCUGCCGGGCAGGUUUUAAUUCAAAGGAACGUUAUGAAAUUUUGCCUCAAACAUUUACCUUCGAUUCCAAAAGGCCAAGGUGUAAACAGUAAUGUGGUUGUUUCCUCAGCGUGUCGCAUUGAUGUUGCUGGUGGUUGGACUGAUACUCCUCCUAUAACAAUGCAAGUUGCCCAUACUGCUGUAGUAAAUAUAGCUGUAACAGUUGACGGAAAGAAACCUAUUUCGUGCGAAAUUCGACCUUCCGCAACUCAGGUCGGUAUUAUUUUGAAAGAACUGGAUUUAAGGCUAACUGCCAUCGACGAAAUUCUCAAUCUCUCCAGCAAACCUUCUUUGCCUGGGUCUCUUAUUUGUGCAGUACUGCUCGCAGCCCAGUUUAUAAAACGAGAUGACCAGAACAUAAGUACCACAUUUCAGCGUACUUUUGGUGACCGAAUAAAGGGAUUAAUUGUUACGACCCGCUCAUUACUACCGCAUGGAUCUGGUCUUGGCACAAGCAGCAUCUUAGCAGCCUGUUUAAUUGCGGGUAUUUGGAAGCUUAUGGGUGUUCAUUUCAACACAGAUAACAUUUGCCACGCAGUUUUAUUAGCCGAACAGUAUUUGACGGCAGGUGGCGGAUGGCAGGACCAAGUUGGUGGUGUGAUACCGGGUAUAAAAAUUUCCCGUUUUUCUAAGGAGAAACAAAGUGUCGUCACUGAAAAGAUCCCUUGUGAAUCCUCCUUCGUCUCAAUGAUUACCCGUAGAUUGGUCCUGAUAUACACUGGUCAGACACGUCUCGCAAAAAACGUACUACAGGAAGUCAUUCGUAGCUGGUAUGCAAAUGAUGAAAGGUUGACAUCUGUUUUAGAAUCUCUAGCAAAUGCUGCAGAAAAUAGUGCUAAAUUGUUUGCUAAAAGUUCUUUUCCGCUUAACGAUGUUAGACAGUAUUAUGCUGAUAAAAAAGCGAUUGCUUCGACUUGUGAACCAGCAUUUGUUAGACGUUUGAUUGAGGACUUGAAUGAAAGUAGAUUAAUUGAAUGUGCAUGGUUGGCUGGCGCUGGCGGUGGAGGUUUUCUGAAUGUUUGGCUUUCAGAAGGACACGAUAUUGAUGAUGUCAGGCAACAUUUACAAUCUUCAGUGGUUUACAGUGGUCUUUCUGUGCAUUCAAUAGAGGUCGAUUUUGAGCCGUUCAAGAUUGCAUUCCGUGAGACGUGA